UUAGGGCCCGCAGGCUUCGAGCCGCUCCGCCCGCCCGGCCCCGGCGCUGGAAGUGCUCCGCGGGCUUCCGGUGCCCACCCUGGGGGCUCCCCGGGCGUCGCGUGCCGGGUCCGCGGCCAGUCGAGGCUCGGCGCUCGAGCUCAAGACAUGGCUGCCCAGUGUGUCACGAAGGUGGAACUAAAUGUUUCCUGUGACAACCUUUUGGAUAAAGAUGUGACAUCGAAGUCGGACCCUUUAUGUGUGCUGUUUUUGAGCACGAGUGGUCAGCAGUGGUAUGAGGUUGAACGGACAGAAAGGAUUAAGAAUUCUUUGAGUCCCAAAUUUUCUAAGACAUUUAUUAUUGAUUACUACUUUGAAGUGGUUCAGAAAUUGAAAUUUGGAAUUUUUGACAUCGACAACAAAACUAUCGAGCUGAGUGAUGAUGACUUCUUAGGAGAAUGUGAAGUCACUCUUGGACAAAUUGUUUCCAGUAAGAAGUUAACUCGACCACUGGUGCUCAGAAAUGGCAGACCUGCAGGGAAAGGGAGUAUUACGAUUUCAGCAGAAGAAAUCAAGGAUAACAGAGUGGUCUUGUUUGAAAUGGAAGCCAGAAAACUGGACAAUAAGGAUUUGUUUGGAAAGUCAGAUCCAUACUUGGAGUUUCACAAGCAGACAUCAGAUGGCCACUGGCUGAUGGUUCACCGAACAGAGGUCAUAAAAAACAACCUGAAUCCUGUGUGGAAGCCUUUUAAAAUCUCUCUUAACUCUCUGUGCUAUGGAGAUAUGGACAAAACCAUUAAGGUAGAGUGUUAUGAUUAUGACAAUGAUGGAUCACAUGAUCUUAUUGGAACAUUUCAAACCACCAUGACAAAACUCAAAGAAGCCUCCAGAAACUCACCUGUUGAAUAUGAAUGCAUAAAUGAAAAAAAGAGACAAAAGAAGAAAAACUAUAAGAAUUCAGGUGUUAUCAGUGUAAAGCACUGUGAGAUUACUGUAGAAUGCACAUUUCUUGACUACAUCAUGGGAGGGUGCCAGCUGAACUUUACUGUGGGAGUGGACUUCACCGGCUCCAAUGGCGACCCCCGUUCUUCAGAUUCCCUGCAUUACAUCAGUCCUAAUGGUGUUAAUGAGUAUCUGACUGCCAUCUGGUCUGUGGGAUUGGUAAUUCAAGAUUAUGAUGCUGAUAAGAUGUUUCCAGCUUUUGGCUUUGGAGCUCAGGUGCCUCCUCAGUGGCAGGUGUCUCAUGAAUUUCCAAUGAAUUUUAACCCAUCUAACCCCUACUGUAAUGGAAUCCAAGGCAUUAUAGAGGCUUAUCGGACCUGUCUUCCUCAGAUAAAACUCUAUGGACCAACUAAUUUUUCUCCAAUUAUAAAUCACGUGGCCAGGUUUGCAGCUGCAGCCACACAGCAGCAGACAGCAUCUCAAUACUUUGUGCUCUUGAUCAUCACGGAUGGCGUGAUCACAGACCUUGAUGAAACCAGACAUGCUAUCGUCAAUGCUUCCAAACUGCCCAUGUCUAUCAUCAUUGUGGGAGUUGGGGGAGCUGACUUCAGUGCCAUGGAGUUUCUGGAUGGUGAUGGGGGAAGUCUCCGCUCCCCAUCAGGAGAGGUGGCCAUAAGAGAUAUUGUUCAGUUCGUGCCUUUCAGACAGUUCCAGAAUGCUCCAAAAGAAGCUCUUGCACAGUGUGUCUUGGCAGAGAUUCCCCAGCAGGUGGUGGGCUACUUCAACACAUACAAACUCCUUCCUCCCAAAAACCCAGCUGUGAAAUAGAAGGAGCCAGGACAACUCCAGGAUUCAUAAGCCUCGUGGAGCAAUGCCAUCUCUUAUGCAGAAUGAUAUAUCUUAUCUACCUUAUGUGCUUUUCACCCCCAGUGUUCCUGAUACAAACCCAACUUUUUGUACGUAUUUUAUUUGUUUAAAGCACACGUUUUAUACUUUUUGAAGAGGACAGUAGCAAAUCCAUCUCUACUUCAUAAAUUCAGUGAUUGUUAGUGAUGUCUAGAAAUUGUAAGAGUGCUAUUUGGAAUUGAAUUUAAUGUGGGAAAAGUGGGGAUUUGUUGGUUUGUUGUCUACUUUCUAUAAUGAAAAUGCUAUUUUUAAAUGUUGUCAGAGUGAAUGAGGAAUUACAGGAUGAUGUGGUUUGCAAGUUGCUAUACUGUUUACUGUUUAUAGUAAAUAUCUUGCAAG